UACUCCAUUCUCACCCCAAACAUCAAUUUCUCUGACAAAUAUGGGUCAGGCAUUUCGUCGAGCAACUGGAAGAAUUGGUACGACGCCGCCGCAGCUCCGGAAACCCAUUGAGCGCCCACCGGCUCCACCUCCACAUUCCGAUUCUUCUUCUUUUCCCCUUGAAAAACACCCAACUGCUGACAUCACCCAAGCUUCUGAGGGUGUAUCAAGAGUGAACCCAGAAAAUGUCCUCGAGGAUCGAGACCCACAGUAUGAUUCCAUGCUCAGCCAAAUGGUGGGUAGAAUUCAAGCAAAGCCUGGAGGAAAGCUUGAGAUGGGCGAGGCCUCUGUGGUGGAGAGUUACAAAAGGCCUUUGCCAAAACUACGGAAUACAAAACCCGAAUCUGGCAGGUACGAGGAUCGGUCUGCGCCACCUGGAACACUGAAGAUAGCACAGCUGCGCCAAAUCAUUCUCUUGCACGAGGGCAAGUCGGAUGAACACGAUGGUCCCAUGGAUGCUGGCCAAAUUGCCAAACGGUUCCGGAUCGAUGUUGCACAGGUUCAAAAUAUCCUCCAGUUUGUAUCUCUUCCUCCAGAGGAUGACCCUAAAAUUAAAAAUGAUCAAGAAUGAUCACUUUUUUUCUUCUUCUAAGAGCUUCAUGGUUGAAGUUUUUGAUUACUACUAUCUUUUCUGUACGAGGCAUAGAUCUUCUAGAGGUGAGAACUGGACAUUGUAACAGUAGUAACAAAUAUUCUUUGAAACAAUUAAUAAAGGAAAAAAAGGAUGCUCUUGAA